AUGCCGGCUGCCUGUGCAGCUAGGAUUUUCCAGUUGACUCGAGAGCUAGGUCACAAGUCCGACGGCGAGACAAUUGAGUGGCUUCUACAGCAAGCCGAGCCAGCCAUAAUCGCCGCCACUGGCACGGGAACCAUCCCGGCUAACAUUUCAACCCUCAACAUAUCCGUCAGGAGCAACGGCUCCACUCUCUCUGCUCCUCCUUCAAAAUCAGCUCCUCAUUCUUUCCACAGCGCGCUAGCCUUAGCUCACCACCCCUAUGAGGAAGGGUUUUCCCACAUGUUGGGUUUUCAGCAACAGCAGCAGCAUUUGUUAGCAGCAAAUCAAAUGACGGAAGCGAUUCCCAGCGGAGACGGUGGCGGAGAUAGCGGUGGCGGCGGUGGGCAAGAUGCCACAGAGAGUUAUUUAAGGAAAAGAUAUAGGGAAGAUUUGUUUAAAGAGGAAGGAUCAAGCGGCCGCCAAGGAGACGGCGCAGAUGAAACUUCCCCUUCUCCUCCAAAUAAGCAAUUCAAAGUAGGAGGUGGUGGUGGUGGCAUGCAGAUACCGAAAACACAAGAUGUUGGAGGGAUCUUGGGCUAG